UUCGCGAGCAGCACUACCCAGUGGCUGUUUUCAAGCUCAUCAUUCUCCUCUCCACGAUGCCCUCUCUGGUAAACAAUAUAAAUAGCUGAAUCGAGCUGUUUAGGAUUUACCCUGGUUGUGUUGGGAACGACAUCUCCUUCUCUUUUCUUGGUUGAGUUUGGUUGUAAGCCUCCGAAGAGCGUCUCGGUGCCUGUGAAGCUAAGACAUGGAUGCUCAAGCAAGGCACAGCGUCGGUGAGGAAUCCAUGCAUGCCGUGGUCUUCCUCGAUUGGAAGGGCAGAUCCUGCAUGCCCACCAAGCAUGGCGGCAUGCGAGCUGCUGCCUUCUUGUUAGGACUUCAAGCACUGGAGAUGAUGGCCAUUGCAGCUGUAGGCAACAACCUCAUAACCUAUGUGUUCAACGACAUGCACUUCCCUCUAUCCAAAUCCGCAAACAUAGUGACCAACUUCAUAGGCGCUGUGUUCCUUCUCUCUCUGCUCGGUGGAUUCUUGUCAGACUCUUAUCUUGGGAGCUUCCGCACUAUGUUGGCUUUCGGCUUCGUCGAGCUUUCAGGCUUCCUGCUGCUCACGGUGCAAGCACACCUCCCCCAACUGAGGCCUCCUCACUGCAACAUGAUGUCGGAAGGAGGCGAUCGCUGCGUGGAGGCCAAAGGAUUCGAGGCACUCGUAUUCUACACUGCACUCUACUUGGUGGCCUUGGGGAGCGGCUGCCUCAAACCCAACAUCAUCUCUCAUGGGGCUGACCAGUUCACCAAGGACGAUCCCAACCACUCCAAGAAGCUCUCGACGUACUUCAACACCGCCUACUUCAGCUUCUGCGUCGGAGAACUCAUCGCUCUAACAGUUCUUGUCUGGGUCCAGACUCGGUCGGGAAUGGAUGUCGGCUUCAGUUUGUCGGCCGCCACCAUGGCCGCCGGCCUCAUUAGCUUGAUCUGUGGCAUGUUGUACUACAGAAACAAGCCCCCACGGGGGUCCCUUUUCACCCCAAUUGCAAGAGUUCUUGUGGCAGCAAUCAUCAAGAGAAAACAAGUUUCCCCCAACACUAAGCUGCUUCGUCAAGGCAGCGUCCACACCGAAAAGUUCAGGUUCUUGGACAAAGCAUGCAUGCAGAUCCAGGGAGUGGCCGACAGGAAGCAGAGCCCAUGGACGCUGUGCACGGUCGCCCAAGUCGAGCAGGUGAAGAUAAUCCUCUCCGUGAUCCCGAUAUUUGCAUGCACCAUCAUCUUCAACACCAUACUGGCCCAGCUCCAGACCUUCUCGGUGCAACAAGGAAGCGCCAUGAACACUCAGGUCACCGAAGCAUUCGAGAUCCCCCCUGCUUCCCUGCAGGCCAUCCCCUACCUCAUGCUCAUCGUCCUUGUCCCCCUCUACGAGAUCGGCUUCGUGCCGCUCGCUCGAAGGUUCACCAAGACGGACUCCGGCAUCUCCUCGCUGCAGCGCAUCGGCUUGGGCCUCUUCACCGUGACGUUCUCCAUGGUCUCAGCCGCGCUGGUGGAGAAGAAGAGGCGAGAGCUUGCCGUUGGCUCAGACAAGCAACUCUCCAUCUUCUGGAUCGCACCACAGUUCCUCAUAUUCGGCGUCUCGGAGAUGUUCACAGCCGUGGGUCUCAUCGAGUUCUUCUACGAGCAGUCCAUGGCCGGGAUGCAGUCCUUCCUCACCGCCAUGACCUACUGCUCCUACUCAUUUGGGUUCUACCUCAGCUCUCUCCUCGUCUCCCUGGUGAACAAGGUGUCAUCCGGUGCUCACUGGAGUGGGUGGCUCAGUGACAACAACUUGGACAAGGACAGAUUGGACCUCUUCUAUUGGCUCCUUGCAGCGCUCAGCCUCGUCAACUUCGUCAACUACCUGUACUGGUCCAGAUGGUACUCAUACAAUCCAUCUGCAGACUCUGCUGCCAUCAACCUGCCCUGUGCCGAAGAAGACUACAGCAGCUUCACCUCCUCAAAGCUCAUGGAAGCUCAGAAUAUUCCACUCUAAAAGAACCAUUAAGUCCACAAUACCCUCUUACUAAUUAUUCCUCUAACUUUUUAGCACUGCACCCAACUUAGUGGUGGAAUGAUACUGCUCUUUAUCA